GCUUAGUUUGUUCACAGUUGCUUCCCAAAAUCCUCCGUGAGCCAAAGAGAUAAGACGCAUAUAUCGCGUGUUAAAAUAUCAGCGUGUCACAAUUACUAGAGUAAAGUAGGUCUACAUUUUAACGAACCGAAACGAAGGAUAUUUUCUGGCAAAUGAGUUGAGUAACCUGUGAUAAAUUCAUAUCAGACAUUAGGUGUUUAAAGAAGUAGUGGCAGGUUGAAGAGUUGGAUGAUCGCCUGGACUAUGGAAGUGCGGACAAUGCAAAGAAUUCUAUCAGCUGUUGAUUUGUUUAUAUUUAAUUUGUAUAUUGUACGGCGAACAAAAUGCAAUUACGUUGCUGAGAGGCGACCGUCGUGUCAGUAGGUUAGAGACGAUGUAAAACAGAGAGGCUAACGUUUAGCUUGCUAGCUAACUUUACAUUCAGUUUUUCUUAAUAUCCACAGGUAGUGCAGUAUUCACUAUCGUUUACUAGUACUUUUAGUUAACUUUAAAAUAGGCUUUUGGGACCGAUUAUGCUAAUUUGGCUAGCUAAUAAUUUAAGGUGUUCAAAAACUUGUUCGCUGCUUGUCAGCAGUAUUCUGACGUUAGACCGAUAGCUAAGUGAUGCCUCAAAUUAACGGUAGCUUGCUACAGCGUUAGCUUCCAGGUGUGAUUUUUUUUUUUAAAACGAAAUCUAGAUAAUAUUUGAUUUUUAUUAAGCAAUGUGUUUUCCUGUAGAUUGUUAUAACUUAAAUCUUGACACAGAUAUUGACAAAAUAUUUAUAAUACAGGGAUGGAGACACCAAUACUUUCAGCCAUGCCAUUUUAGUUCACUUGCACUGCAGUUAUUCAAUGCAUGUUGAUAUGAGUUAGCUAGACUAACGUUAAUUACCUUAGGAUACAGGACAAGUGGGGAUGACAUUAAUAUUAUAGUCAGCUAGGUCUACUUAGCCACCCAAAACAUUUGGUAACGUUAUCAAGAAUGUUAGGCAGUCUAAACAAAGUUCUGCCUUUUUUACUCUUUUCGUUGGAGAACAACAGGAUAAUAGGCAGGUUUACAUCCUAGACUAGUCCACCUAAUUGCAACUAAAUAGAGUUGUAUGUAUUCCUGUCACAUAGUCUUUUGUUUUGUCGCUUCACAUUUUCACAUGCUUCAUUUCUGACAUGAAGCGAAGGAAGUCUUGAGCACGGUCGGCAUUUUGUGGAGGUUAAAAUGAAAACUAAAUUUCAGAUGUUCAUUCUUUCUAACUCCGAAUCUAGCCGCGGAAGGUAUCGAUAAAGGUUUCGUCUAGAUUUUGAAAUGAUGCGGAGCUACUUUCAGCCCUGUUCAACGGUGACAACAUAAUGGCUUGUCGAAGCGCCUGUUGCUGCGGUUUUGGUCCGGUGAAUGAAGAUAACGCGAGGUUCCUGAUGCUGGCUCUGCUGAUAAUCCUCUACCUCUUGUGCGGUGCCGCUGUCUUUUCAGCACUUGAGCACCCCAAAGAGAAACAGGCGAAGGAGAAGUGGACGCAAAGGUUUGAACAUUUCAGUAACAAGUACAAUCUUAGCCGAGAUGAUUUAGAGAAGUUCCUCAGGUUCUACGAGGAAGCGAACGUCGCCGGUAUUCGCGUUGAUACCACCAGACCUCGCUGGGAUUUUACCGGUGCAUUCUACUUUGUGGGCACGGUGGUUUCAACUAUUGGGUUUGGCAUGACCACGCCCGCUACCAUUGGGGGGAAGAUCUUCCUGAUCUUCUACGGGCUCAUCGGCUGCGCCGCCACCAUCCUGUUCUUCAACCUGUUCCUGGAGCGCCUGAUCACCGUGCUGGCCGUCGUACUCAAGUCUUGCUACGAGCUGCAGCGCCGGCGCAAGGGGGUGCUGCCCCACGACAGCAGGAGGGACUCGAACCCGGGGGGCGGGGAGAGCCUGGCGGGCUGGAAGCCCUCGGUCUACUACGUGAUGGUGAUCCUGUGCGCGGCGGCCAUCGUGGUUUCCUGCUGCGCCUCGGCCAUGUACUCGGCCGUGGAGGGCUGGAGCUACUUCGACUCGCUCUACUUCUGCUUCGUGGCCUUCAGCACCAUCGGCUUCGGGGACCUGGUGAGCAGCCAGCACCUGCGCUACGAGAACCAGGCCGCCUACCGGCUGGGCAACUUUCUCUUCAUCCUCAUGGGCGUGUGCUGCAUCUACUCCCUCUUCAACGUCAUCUCCAUCGUCAUCAAGCAGUUCCUCAACUGGACCCUGAAGAAGCUGGAGCUCCUGCUCCGCUGCCCGUGCUGCCCUGGCAAGGGCCUCCGUCCCCGCAGGAACACGGUGAUGCCGGGGCACCUGCGCGUCCGCCGCAACAUCUCCAUCGAGACGGAUAUCGCCAACGAGAGCGACACGGACGGCCGCAGGAUGUCCGGCGAGAUGAUAUCCAUGAAGGACUUCCUGGCCGCCAACAAGGUCUCCUUGGCAAUCAUGCAAAAGCAGCUGUCCGAGACUGCGAAUGGUCACCCCAGGCAGUCGGGAUCCUGCUCCAGGCAAAAUGGCUUCUCUGGGGGGGGUGGGGGCUCUGGCCAUCAUGAAUAACAGACUGGUAGAGACCAGCGUGGAUAGAUGAGUCCAUGCUUGGGUCUAGACACUGCCCUGCAGAAACGGCCAAAACGGACAUAUCUAAUUGCUUAGUCCACUUGACUGAUAGGACUGUACCAUGGACAAUGAAAAUUCACAUGGUAGAGAAUAUUGCCUUUCAUUAUUCUUCGUGUAUAGCAUUUAAUUCUGUGACAUAGAUUUCUAGUUUUAUACAUUGAAAAUGGGGGAGGAUUGCAGAUCAGGUCUGUUGACAUUAGUUAAGCUGCCACUGGCACGAACAGUUCUCCGUCCCUCCAUCUUCCGCCCGCACCUUCCAAUAGCACAUCCUGCUAAUUUAGAGUAGCUGAGGUGGAAAAAUUAGCACCUUUAAUGAAGAAAUCUGUCAAACCUGGAGCUCAAGACAGAGCUGUUCUUAAAGGAAAAUGUGUUGAUUUAAGUGCUAAAAAGGAGACACAAACAUGAUGAAACACAACUGUGAUUUUAUGAGGCGCAUACUUUAUCAGAAUUUAGCUCUGAAUUUCCUCCACCUAAAAACUUUCAAAUCCCAUGUUUACAAGCUUACAUUAGAUGACAUUAGUGCAUCUUAUGGCAAUAAAAAACAUUUCGCAGUGAAAGUCUUAAAACCAAAUUCAGUCUCUGAAUUCAACAUCUGUUGUGUACUUACAAUGGAUAGACAACUGUAGUAUGUGUCCCAGCAUUCAUUAUACUAUGCAGCUCAUCUUGCCUCACGUGUGAAAGUAAAAAAUCUAUUAGAUAAAGCAUGGAGCUGAUAUUCAGUUCUUUGCCACUCUACAAUACCUGUCAAAAGCAAAAUAAAUUUGACUUGAACUAAGGCUUCAUUUAUCAAGUGAUCAAAUGCAGUGGAAAAAAAAUAAACCUGACCAUUUGUGAUACUCUG